UGACGUCAUGCGCUUUACGGCACGCGGUUGCGCGCGCACGCGAUUCGUCAUCAGUACUGCUCAGAAAUCAUUGAGUGGAGACAACUGGUUUCCUUCACUUUUUUUAUUUGGUGAGGUUUGAGCCUCAGGACAGAAUGGCAGACACAAAGCGCCUCGCAUUCUCUAUAAUCCAGUUUCUCAAUGAUCAGCUGUCAUCUGGAGGUCUGUCAUCAGAUGCUCAGGAAAGCUUAGAAGUCGCCGUCCAGUGCCUGGAGACGGCGUUCGGUGUCUCUGUGGAAGACCAGAGCUUAGCAGUCAACCAAACUCUACCAGAAAUAUUUGCAUCAGCAACAAAACAGACAGGUGCGUCGCAAGUAAAGACCAAUUCAUCCAGUGAUUCACCCACAGAGGAGCAGUUAGCAGAGGCCGAACAUCUUAAAACCGACGGCAAUGAUCAGAUGAAAGUAGAGAACUUUAGUGCAGCCGUCGAGUUUUACUCUAAAGCCAUUCAGCUGAAUCCUCAAAAUGCUGUCUACUAUUGCAACAGAGCUGCAGCUUACAGCAAACUGGGAAACUAUGCUGGAGCUGUUCAAGAUUGUGAACGCGCCAUUGGAAUUGAUGCAAACUACAGUAAAGCAUACGGACGAAUGGGGCUGGCACUUUCAAGUUUAAACAAGCAUUCGGAGGCAGUGAGCUACUACAAAAAAGCAUUGGAGCUGGAUCCUGACAAUGACACUUACAAAGUCAACCUGCAAAUAGCAGAACAGAAAAUAAAGGAGGCACAGUCCAGCCCAGCAGGGGCUAUGGGUGGAGUUGACCUGGCAGGUUUGCUGAGUAAUCCUGGUUUUAUGAACAUGGCAUCUUCUUUAAUGACCAACCCACAAGUACAACAACUGAUGUCAGGUAUGAUGUCGGGUGCCUACAGUCCUAUGGGUGGAGCCACCUCCCCACCAGCAGCUGCUGGAGCAGGGCCAGGAGCUGGAGUAGGAGCUGGAAUAGGAGCAGGAAUGGGGCCUGGAAUGGGAGCAGGAGGUGCCAGUGAUCUCUCUGGCCUCAUACAGGCCGGUCAACAGUUCGCACAACAAAUGCAACAGCAGAACCCAGAGCUUAUUGAGCAGCUAAGGAGCCAAAUGCGCAGUCGACCUCCAAGUAGCGCUGGCAGCGAGGAACCCUGACCACUCCUAGUGGUACCACACAUCAUCCAGUACAAGAUUUGACUUGUUGGACCUUUGGAAGAUGGGCUACUUUUUAUUUUUUAAGAUAUACCUUGUUCCUACGUUUCCAGGGAUAAGACAGUUUAUUCAUAACAAUAAAAACUGCAUGUGUGCCCACUGCCCCCCGUCGCCCCACCUGUUGGGAGAUGUCAUCAGCACACAUUUACGCAUCUUAACAUGAGCUCUGGACAGAUGUCUGAUCAAAUGUACUGAAAUAUCACACUGGGUUAACACGAUAUUUCUAAAUAAUGCUCCACUUGGAUUUUGAUUGUAACCGAAUCACUGCUACAUGGACAUAUAUGCAGAUUUGCUCUGGUAACACCUCAGUGAUUCACCUGUCCGGCUGAAACCGAGAGAUGAGGAACGUGUGCAAUCUCAACAUUGACAAUUAAAUGUCAAAUUUCAAAUAGGACUUAAUAUGUACCUCUGUUCAUUUAAGUUUCAUGUUUAUGCAUAUGCCUGCAACUAUUAAACAACUGAGACUUG